AUGGCUGAAGGCGGUGGUGGUAUCGAUCGUCGCGCCGACGAGAAGAUGGAAUUUUCCACUUCCAAAGAGGUGACAGUUCAUCCGACUUUCGAGUCCAUGUCAUUGAAGGAAAACCUCCUUCGUGGUAUCUAUGCGUACGGCUACGAGUCACCCUCCGCCGUUCAAUCCCGAGCUAUCGUCCAGAUUUGUAAGGGACGCGACACGAUCGCUCAAGCUCAAUCUGGUACCGGAAAAACCGCGACAUUUUCCAUCUCAAUGCUUCAAGUCAUCGAUACUGCGAUCCGUGAAACCCAAGCUCUCGUGCUUUCCCCUACUCGCGAACUUGCGACUCAAAUUCAAUCCGUCGUCAUGGCUCUUGGUGACUACAUGAACGUCCAAUGCCAUGCUUGUAUCGGCGGCACCAACGUUGGAGAAGAUAUUCGAAAGCUCGACUACGGCCAACACAUCGUCUCUGGUACUCCCGGUCGCGUAGCCGACAUGAUUCGCCGCCGCCACCUACGAACCCGUCAGAUCAAGAUGCUUGUCCUUGACGAAGCUGACGAGUUACUCAACCAAGGUUUCCGAGAGCAGAUCUACGAUGUGUACCGAUACCUACCCCCCGCUACUCAGGUUGUCGUUGUCUCGGCUACUCUUCCCUACGACGUUUUAGACAUGACCACUAAAUUCAUGACGGAUCCUGUUCGUAUCCUUGUCAAGCGUGACGAAUUGACGCUUGAAGGAUUGAAGCAGUACUUCAUCGCCGUUGAGAAAGAGGACUGGAAGUUUGAUACCCUUUGCGAUCUUUACGACACUCUAACAAUCACCCAAGCCGUCAUCUUUUGCAACACAAGACGAAAGGUGGAUUGGUUGACAGAUAAGAUGCGCGAGGCGAACUUCACUGUCAGCAGCAUGCAUGGCGAUAUGCCCCAAAAGGAACGAGACAGCAUUAUGCAAGACUUUCGACAGGGCAGCAGCAGAGUCUUGAUCUCGACCGACGUCUGGGCCCGUGGUAUCGACGUCCAACAAGUCAGUUUAGUCAUCAAUUACGAUUUGCCCAGUAACCGAGAGAAUUACAUCCAUCGAAUUGGUCGAAGUGGUCGUUUUGGUAGGAAGGGUGUCGCGAUCAACUUUGUUACUAGUGAGGAUGUUCGCAUUCUCCGAGAUAUCGAACUGUACUACUCGACCCAGAUCGAUGAGAUGCCUAUGAAUGUGGCGGAUCUUAUCACCUAG